AUGCUUCGAGCUACUGCUUGGUUGGUCUCUCUGCUUGCCGUGGCAAACGCAGGGGAAACCAUCAAAUCCAGCACGUCUGGCCCUGAGAACUGCCAACAAGCAUGUGCCCAACUCUCCACGAUCUUCGGAUCUGCGGUCCACUACCCUCCUGAUGAUAGUUUUGUCAUCUGGGAUGCGAAACAGCAGGAGGUCCACCCAUCCUGUCGCAUUGAACCCAGCAGUGCUUCUGAUGUGGCAAAAUUGUUGAACGUCCUGGUUGACCACUGGUGCUACUUUUCAGUGAAGGGUGGCGGCCACUCUCGAAACGCCGGAGAUUCUAAUUCUGUGGGCGGUGUUACUGUGGACCUAGAUCUCCUGAGACAGGUUGAGGUUUUGGAUAAUGGAACCAAGGCGCGUGUUGGCGGUGGUGCAACUAGCAUCCAAGUAUAUCAUGCCCUGGAAUCUCACAAUUUGUCCUAUGUCGGCGGGAGAGUCGGCAGUGUGGGCAUGGGUGGAUUCACACUCGGCGGAGGAACAUCCCCAUUCUCGAACAAGUAUGGAUGGGCGUUGGAUAAUGUUUUCGAAUAUGAGGUCGUUCUCGCCAAUGGUACCAUUACCACCGCCUCUGAAACUCAUAAUCAGGACCUCUAUUUUGCUCUCCGAGGAGGAGGUAAUAACUUCGCCAUCGUUACAGCAUUUACGGUCCGCACAUUUGCUCAAGGCCCUGUUUUUACCGGGCAGACAUCCUACUCUCCAAAUCAAACCGAGCAGGUUCUCGACAAGAUCUACGACUUAUUCACAGAUAGGGAUCUCACUAGUGACGUCGAAAUGGGUUAUGAUAUGUACUAUAGCUACGCCACAGGAAAUGAUGACUUCACAUUGAUGGGCAUCCAACGCUACGGCAAGCCAAUUCAGAAUCCACCUGUCUUCCGUGACAUCGACCAAAUCCCCACAUUGAGCAGGACUACAGCCAUACGCUCCAUGAGCGCUGUGUCGAAUGGGUCUAUCGCAAUGGGUACAACCCGAAACCUAUUUGCUACCUUGACCGUGUCCCCAUCUCGCUCCCUGCUCUCAGAGGGUCUCCAGAUCUUCCGAGAGGAGGUGGAACCUAUCAAGGCAGUGCCCGGCCUCAGGACCAACUUUAUAUCCUAUCCGAUGCAAAGGCAUGCCAUUGCGGCCAUGAAGCAAAGAGGUGGUAAUGCUCUUGGCAUCGAUCUCGAGUGUGACGAGCCCCUUUUCAUUAUCUUGCUCUCCACUGCCUGGUCAGAUGCAAGUGAUGAUGUUGCAGUGAACACAAUGACUGCAAAUGCCAUUCGUAGGAUUGAGUCGGCCGCCCAGGAUCUGGGUGUUGCAAACCGGUAUAAGUAUAUCAACUACGCAUCGGCCCAGCAAGCUAGAGAAGUGUUCCCCGGUUAUGGCGAAGCCAACUUGCAAAGGCUCAAGGACGUCCAAAAGGCGGUGGAUCCUCGUGGAAUCUUCACCUCCAAGGGCCUAUGGAGUGGAUUUGUGAAACUGGUUUAG